AUGACUGUUCUUUUACUGUCAGUUGCUCUCAAUAUCCCCAUUCUUAUUUUUGAAAACUUUUAUUCACAUUCAUGGUUUCAUAGUAAUCCACGAUCUGCAACAGUUCACAUUUCUGUUCCUGAGUUUUCCAAAGCCCAGUAUCUUUCUCUUUUCCCUAUUCUUUAUCGUGAGCCUUCGACUCUCUGGUGGAUUCUUGAAGAUGACGAAACUUUUCCCCGAACCAAUAAUAAUAAUACACACACAUUUGUAACCAUUGAAGGGUUUCGAUUUUAUAACAAUUCUUUAUUUUCUGCAAUUGAGGCUUAUGACGUUUGGCCUAAACCUGCAUUUAAUCUCACUUACAAUGCAUUUUACAUGUCUGACAAUUGUUACAAGUCUGUGUUUCCAACUGAAGAAGCUCCAGGUCUUGCAGUACAAUUAUUGACACGAGACAUGCCAAGGCAUAUUGCGAAUUUGAUUGAUGUGAGUGCUGCAGAGUGUACAGCUGUUACAAGGCGUGCUAGUGGUCGCAGUGGUGUUUGGAGGGUAUCUUUAAAUCAGAGUGAGGAGGAGACUGGUGGAUUGUGCCGUGUGUUGUUUGGUAGUUGA